AUGGCAGAUGACAAGGAUUCUCUGCCCAAGCUUAAGGACCUGGUAUUUCUCAAGAACCAGCUGGAAAAAAAAAAAAAAAAACAAAAGAACCAGCUGGAAUGCCUGCAGCAGCGUGUGGAAGAAGUCAGCAGUGGUGUGAGCCAGGAGGGCUCGCUCUUGUCCUCCCCAUUCCUCAAGGGCUUCUUAGCCGGCUAUGUGGUGGCCAAACUGAGGGCAUCAGCAGUAUUAGGCUUUGCUGUGGGUACCUGCACUGGCAUCUAUGCAGCUCAGGCAUAUGCUGUGCCGAAUGUGGAGAAGACAUUGAGGGACUAUCUUCAGUCAUUGCGAAAGGGGCCUGACUAG